CUUCACUUAUGUCUUAAUGCUAAGCUUCUAUGGUCGACAUCUCCGUAGAUACGCGUCAUUAGCGGUCCACAAGUCACCAUCGACAUUUUCUGCAUCUUCAACCCCAUCAGUAGUUAAACUAUCUGAUCCGUUAUCCAAAUUAUCAACCGUUUCAAAUUGUAAAACAUAUCUUGAAUAUGUUCGUGAUAAACAAAUUAAUAUUCAUUCUUCUGCAUGUCAGGGAACUCUUUAUGAGCUUCUAGCUGGCAGCCAAUUAUCGCAUCUUCUAAACUUGUAUGAUUUGUCCUGGACUGGGGGUGCCCAUGAUCAAGGUAUUGAUCUUUUAGGAUCUUGGGAUUUAUCCAAAUUUUGGAAUCAUGUGGUGGCCAAAGGUGAUAUAACUCCCAAGACAAAGAUUCCUCAGACAAAAAUCAAUGGUUCACCGGUACGACCCAUGCUUCGGGCUUCAAUAGAAUACCAACGAUUGGUGAAUCCUACCAAGAUCACGAAGACUGCAACUUCAAUCGAGACUUUGACAGCAUUAGUUCAAUGUAAAAAUAUUAAAAGAGAUAUAUCUCCAGCAAUAAUCCGUGAAAUGGCAGGUAUAUAUCAUUUCCAUGUGAAAAAUUCCAAGGAUAUGAAAAGAACUUUUAUGUUUCUUGUUGGGGCAAAUAAUCUUACUAAGCAAGGCAGAGUACAAUUUGAUUCAUCAAAUUGUCCUCUAGUAUUCUGUAAGGUUCUCCCCUUGAGAUUAAUAGAAGGAAAAGAUGCAUACGAUAUAGACAAUUGGACUGGAGGAAACAUGGAAUCUUUCUAUUGUAAUCAAUUUGCAAGAGCCAUGCUUUCCGGGUUACAAUUGGAACAACAAGUUCAACAAACCAUCAGAGAUCAAUAACAAAAACAAGCAUUAAAUUAAUAUAGAUACCAUUAA